GUUUGUUUCGACUCCCGAAACGCCGAACGUGUGUAGUUUGGAGUAUGGUCAUGUGACUGCCAGGCUCCCUUGGAUUGGUGAAACAGAAAGUUCUCUCUAACAAGCCAAAAAGACCUUCAUGGAGCUUCCAGAGGAUUUGAACCAGCUGGAGCUGCUGAACUCUCACGGCCACCUGAUUCCCCGAGGGGCCAGCAGCCUGUGGACGGGGAGUAAGGAUGAAGAUGAGGAUGAGGAGGAGCAGGCCCACAGUGAGGAGUGGUGUCGACACAAAGAAGGAACUCUGAAAGACAAACCAGCAGAGCUCAUUCUGUGGGCCGCAGGAAACAACCGUCUGUCCACCAUCGCCAGGCUGUUAGCAGCAAACGCCUCACUGGUGCACAGCCGUGACGAGGACGCCUACACGCCGCUACACCGCGCGGCCUACGGCGGCCACGUGGACGCCGCCUCCGCCCUGCUCGCCGCCGGCUCCGAGGUGAACCCCCGCACCGUGGACGGCUGGACGCCGCUGCACAGCGCCUGCCGCUGGGCCCGAGUGGGCGUGGCGACCUUGCUCCUGCGGCGCGGCGCCCGCGUCAACGCGCAGACCAACGGCGGGCUGACGGCGCUGCACCUGGCGGCCUCCCACGGCGGCGGCGCCUCGGCGGCAGACUGGCGCCGCACCCUGGAGCUGCUCUUGUCGCAGCGUCAACUCAAGGCGGGACUUCGCAGCAGCAGCGGGGAGACCGCCGGUGAGCUGGCUCGACGCAGCGGCCCCUUUCACUUCCUGUUUGAGAUGGUGGAGGACUGUGUGCUUGCUGUCCCACCUGUGUGACGUCACUUCCUGUUUGAGAUGGUGGAGGACUGUGUGCUUGCUGUCCCACCUGUGUGACGUCACUUCCUGUUUGAGAUAAGGACUGUGUGCUUGCUGUCCCACCUGUGUGACGUCACUUCCUGUUUGAGAUGAUGACUGUGUGCUUGCUGUCCCACCUGUGUGACGUCACUUCCUGUCUGACAUGGUGGAGGACUGUGUGCUUGCUGUCCCACCUGUGUAACGUCACUUCCUGUUUGAGAUGGUGGAGGACUGUGUGCUUGCUGUCCCACCUGUGUGACAUCACUUCCUGUUUGAGAUGGUGGAGGACUGUGUGCUUGCUGUCCCACCUGUGUGACGUCACUUCCUGUUUGAGAUGAGGACUGUGUGCUUGCUGUCCCACCUGUGUGACGUCACUUCCUGUUUGAGAUGAUGACUGUGUGCUUGCUGUCCCACCUGUGUGACGUCACUUCCUGUUUGAGAUGAUGACUGUGUGCUUGCUGUCCCACCUGUGUGACGUCACUUCCUGUCUGACAUGGUGGAGGACUGUGUGCUUGCUGUCCCACCUGUGUGACGUCACUUCCUGUUUGAGAUGGUGGAGGACUGUGUGCUUGCUGUCCCACCUGUGUGACGUCACUUCCUGUUUGAGAUGAGGACUGUGUGCUUGCUGUCCCACCUGUGUGACAUCACUUCCUGUUUGGGGCAGGUGGGAGCUGGAGCCUAUCCCAGCUGACUUGGGGCAAGAGGCAGGGUCCCUUCCCCCCAGACUGUCACAGGUAGCAAAAAGAAUCGAUUCACAUCCGAAUCACGAUUCUUAUUUAUUCCGAUUCUAAAUUUUAAAAAAUUAAUUAAGACUAUUAUAGUUUUUUUUUUAAAUAAUACAUUUUUAAAAAUCGUUUUUAGCCCAUCUCCAUGCAACCAGAAAUUUUUUUUUUUCUUUAAGUUUCAUUGUAAUUAUUAUACAAAAUGCAUAGUGAGAAUCGGUUUGAAUCGAGAAUCGAUUCUGAAUGGAAUCGUCACCCCAAGAAUCGGAUCGAAUCGUUAGGGGCCCAAAGAUUGACAGCCCUAGUUGACAAUAAAAUAGAAUAUUUUCUAACCUGCAACCUGUUUUGAAAAAGUUUCAUCAUGAUUAUUAUAUCAAAUAAAAAUGUUGUGAGAAUCGGUUUGAAUCGAGAAUCGUUAGGGGCCCAAAGAUUCACAGCCCUAGUUGACAAUAAAAUAAUAAAAUAGAAUCCCUCCACCCCACAGGUGUGACAAAUAUUGACUAUAGGGGUGCACAAAAAAUCGAUUUGACAUCCAAAUUCUGAUUCUUAAUUAUCUCGAUUCUAUAAUCGAUUCAUCAUUCCCCAAAAUGUAUUAAAAAACAAAAGAACUGCAUAAUUUUUUUUUUUUUUUUUUUAAACGGGAAUCUUUUUUUAAAGAUGUUUUUAGGCCACUUCCAUGCAACCAGAAGGAGAUUUAUUUGAUUGUUUUUCCAAGUUUCAUCAUAAUUAUGAUACAAAAUACGUAGCGAGAAUCGGUUCUGGAUCGAAUCGUCACCCAAGGAGUCGGAUGGAAUCCCAAAGAUUCACAGCCCUAUGGUAAUGGUCUGAGUUGAUUUGGACAGUUUGACAAGAAGAGAGACAGAAAGGGUGACGGCACAGGUGUGUGUGACGGCACAGGUGUGUGUGUGUG